UCCUCUCCUCCUUUGCGAUUGAUCUCAUUGCACAGGCAAGUAUCGCGGGUACAUGUCUCAAAGGGUCGUUAAGAGAUGGGAUCCCUGUAACCAAUCGCCUGGCAUUUUUUUAAGAAGCAGGACGAAUUCAGAGAGGGCUCUGAUAAACAAUUGAUUUGAUCAUUUGAUAACUAUCGGGUCAACAUGCGAGAGAGUCUUCAGCGCGAGGUUGAAGAGAACAUCCAAAAGGCCCAGGUGCUCAAAGAGGCCAUGAAGGAAUCAAGCGAUCGAGACGCAGAAAACCUUAUCUCAGUGGAGGAACAAGAAUACCAAAACAACAACGGAGGAACGCCUAAUAAUCGCAGCAACACUAGCCUCAACAAAAAUCUGCCAGUCGGACAGUCGCAGCAACAGCACCAGCAACAGGGUGGCAAUGGCGAUGCUGGGUCAUACCAGAACGGCAAGUUCAACAGCAGCAAUGCUAACGGGGCUGUACCGGAGAAGAGGUCUCGCCUGGACCGCAUCUUUGGCAAAAAGACCAGCGCCAAUAGCCAUGCUCCUUCCUCACUCAGAAACCACCAGGUCACACCCCAUCCUCAGCCUCAAACAUCCCGGUCCCGACCUCAAUCUCAAACUCAUUCUCAACACACCCCUUCGCCCUCGCUGCGACCAUCCAAUACCCUUGCAGUACACCCUAACCCCUCAAGAGCACACUCAAACACUAGCGCCGCGGACUUGGCAGACCUUAGUUAUCUGCCUGCGGAGGAAGAGUCCGAAGAAGAAGUGGUUGUGGAUCGAUCCAUGGGAGCAGGGGUGGAUGGACCCAAUGGUGAACCAACAACAGGUACAGAGGUCAAACUGCAUCCGACGCGCGCCAAGACCUUCGCACUGCCAAAGAGUUUGAGGAAUUUGAAGCGGCGUAUUGCUGCCUUGAGGGCUAAGGGCACGGACCUUGACGCUGAAAAGAAGGAGAAGGAGGAGCGGGAGCGUGCAGCCAAUGGUGGUGCCGGUACAGGAGACGAGAAGAAAAAGUUUACGUUUAUUCGGCUGCUGCCUUGGAGGUCGACGAAGAAGCUGACAGAGCCUACGAGACCUGCAGAGGCAGGUCCAGUUGCUGCUUAAAAUGACGACCUAGCCUCCGGAGGGGACGUCGAUAACAUACCCAAGAAGGCGUUGUCUUUUUGUUCAUUCAUCCAUUUUACAAAUAGCCUGACUCUAUACACUAAAAUAAUAAUCACUUUUUGCAAUGGUUUGUCACCGUUUGUGUACGCGAACUUAGUGGCGGCAUCACCUGAU